AUGUCUCAAUCAUUAAUGAUUCAUACUGAAUAACUCUAGUUCUUCUUUAUUAAUCAAGUGAAUAAGCUAGAAACUCUAUUUCAAAAAUGGAUCAAUACCAAAAAUUUAAAUGGAAAUCAUAACCAUUCCUUUUAAUUAGAAUAAUAGGCUAUUCAAAGUUAAACAGCAAGAUAAAUCUCUCAUUUUUAAUAUUUCUUAAAUUAUUUACGUUCAAAGAAAAAUGAUGAUCAUAUUUCCAUUCUAGGUUAGAUAUUCUACUCCUCUUAAAGUACUACUAAUAACACUAAUUAAAGUUAAGCUCUAUUAAUAAAGACAAAUUCUCAAAGAUCAAAAUUAUUAAAAUAAUAAAAAGGUCGUUAAUUUUCAACAAACUCUAAUCUUAUUGAUCAUACAAACAUUUUCAUACCCGUAUCCUACAAAUAAAUAAACAAUUUAAUUAGCUGA